UUUUCUGCAUUGCAAUCUCUUGCGGCAAGAUCACUUACAAGAGUCUGAUGGGUUCACCAAGCGAAUUCCCGCAGCACGUCAUUCCGUCUCCUUACGACUCUGCCGUCAGUUCAUUGUCCUACAUGCCACCCUGGGCUUCGUUUCAGUCUGGAAAUCCGUACGUGGCCACAUUUGAGGUCGACGUUGUUGACUACGUAACGGUUGCCAUAGUCACUGAAAGUGCAUCGGACUUUCAAUCAAUGAAAAUGGUGGUUAGCGACCCGAACAGAAACGAGGUAACGCCCACGUUUCAAACGAACGAGUCACUAGGAAUGGAUGGACUCACUUAUCCGACGCUAACAAUGGCAUUUGUACAACCGAUGGCAGGACAGUGGUGUAUUGUGAUAUCAACCAGUUGCUCUGACGUCAAACAGGCUGCAGUGCUCAUCGGUUAUUCGGGAUCACUGAUAUGGCAUUCGUCUCUCGAUACUCAUCAGCUAUUGACAGGUGACACAAUCAAUGUCUACGCUGUUGCAACAGACAAAGCAGGAUUAUUAGGAAGAGAAUCAGGACAAAUGCCAAAGUCAAUGGAAAAUGCAAUCGUAGAAGACGCUACUGUGACUCUGUUUAAUCCCAAUGAUACAACCAGCGUGAGAAAGAUGGAGCCAAGUUUGACCAAUAACAGUGACACUGGAAAAACACUUCUGUUGACCAUAGAGCCCACCGUCGCAGGAACGUACAGGAUGUGGACAACUGUUUCUGGAGAACUCAUGAUUAGGGACAAGCCAGUUAAGUUUCAGCGGUCGUCGUGGAUGACGUUUUGUGUUGUUGACAAGUCACUAAGACUUACUGGAAAGGCACAUAUUCAUAGAGACCACUUGCCUCUUCUGUCACAUUCAAGUAUGUCCUCCAGUUGUCAGAAACCACAUUUCUGGGUAGCGAUAUCUGUUGUACCUGAGGCAUCUGUGAACAAGGUUUACAGAGUGUACGGUCAAGUGUGGGGCAAGCAUUUGAUAUUUGGGUCUGACGUUCCUGUUGCUUGGGUUAGUGGAAUGUCUGAUGUAUCCUAUGAUGAUACACUUGGUAACAUUGUGUCGCUUCGUUUGGAUGUGGAAUGGUUAUUAAAGGCUUGGGCAUUCCCUCCAUAUUCUCUUCGGCAAGUCAGAAUCGAGGAGGUUGACAGUUUUAUUACGGUAUCCAGUGCAGAGAAUAUGAAAAUAGAAGUGUCUGAGAGUCUGUCAAAUGAAGUCAAGCAUAUUGUCUCUAUAAACGGAUCACAGCUCGAGAUGUGCACACUUCAGUCGAACUAUCCUUUGCCAAACAGCUUAAAGAGAUUUGAUGAAAAUGGAGGAAAGCUUAUUUUAGUCCACGGUUAUUGUGCUCAAAAAGGAUCAUUUCCAGAGUCUGACUUUACAGACUUUGCAUACUUUGAAGAUUACCAGCAAUCACGAUCGACUGAUGAGUUUGCUCGUCUUAUUCAAGAAUUUGGAGAUCAAUUUGACUCGUUUGGACUUGCAGCACACUCACAAGGAGGCAUAGCAUCUCUUCACUUGUAUACCUAUUAUGAAAGUGGGUUGGAUAAAGCGACUGGUGAGCGGUUAAUUCAAUCAAUUGGCACACCAUACCGUGGUUCCCCUCUUGCAGAGCUGCUGGCCGCUAUUGGAAAGCUGAUUGGCAUUGGUUGUGGAUCCAACCCAGAUUUGUCCUAUGACAGUAUGGAACGCUGGCUAGCAGCUAUUCCUGCAGAUAUGCAGCAAGCUGUACAUGUCUACACGACGCAGUACAAGACUGGAGGUUUGAUCAACUACUGUCUAUUGCCCAGCAACUUGAUUUUGUCCUGGCCUAACGAUGGCGUAGUUGAGAUAAAAAAGACGGAGUUACCUCAUGGACAGCCUGCUGGUCACAGAGAAGGUGAGUGUCACACAACUGGUAUGAACUGGCCGCCGCAAACACGAAAUCCUGAAAGAAACGAGGAAAUUAAUAGACUGGCUGCACGCUGAACUAUCUGUAUUGGAAUUUGUUUUAUUUUUCAGUAAUUUGAUGGACAAAUAGUUGGUGCGUAUUUUGGUUUUUAGGUGUUGCUUAUACUUUUUCAAGGCAUUGUUUGUACGUUAUGAUAUUUUAGAUGUUGAUAGAUACUGAUGAAUCAAAGGCAA